AUGAAUUCCAAGUCAGACAUCCCCGAACCUUCGCGCAGAUACUCGAAUCCCUAUCGACAAGACUCAAACAUAACACCAGGCGUCGACAAUCUCGGUCCCUCAUCUAUAGGCGGCGGAAUCAGCGGCAUAGCACUCGGGAUCGCAAACACACACCACCGUCAAAGCGGUGUCGACGCCGUCCACGGAUUAAACAUGAAUUACGACGACUCUGAUGCAUACACCGGUCCUGCUGAGCGAGGGUUUCACACUACCGGCUCGGAUAAUCCCUACAUUCCCGCACCGAAUGCUGGAGCCGGUUAUGAAUAUGGACAUGGACAUGAGAGUUCGGAGUCGUUUCGUGCGGAGCAGAAUCAAUACUUGUUUGGGUCUGGAUCAGGGUUGGCGCUUGGAAAUGCGGGUGCAUUGCCGGCGACGCAGACGCCGCAGCAGUCUAGUGUACAUUUGAGUGAGGCGCGGCGCAGUCUUUAUGAAGGGUCUGUUCUGGGUGCUGAUGCGAUGGGUUCGGUGCCUUAUGGGAGGAAUGGCAAUGGGAAUGGAGCUCGGGGGAUUGUCGUGGAUGGGCCUUAUCAGAGACAGUCGCAGUAUAGUCCCGGGGGGAUGAGUUUGCCCGUUGAUAUCAAUCCUGAUGAUAUUACGGAUGAUGGGGAGGACGAGUUUGGACAUGGGUCGAGAGCUAUGGCGGCUGGUGCUAGAGGUGCUGGGACGCAGGCACAGGCGCAGGGUGGUUUCUUUGGGGGGCUUUUUGGGACGGAGAAGAGUGCUGGGGUUUCUUAUGAUGCUGUGCCUGGAGGGUUGGAGGCUGGGCAGGGGAAAAGGACCUUUGGUAUGGAAGGGAGGAAGAAGCGGGGAUUGAUUGUCGGAGGGCUGCUGGGAUUGAUUAUUCUUGCUGCUAUCAUUGGUGGUGCGGUUGGUGGCACACUGAGCAGUCGACACUCUGAUCAUUCUUCGGAUGGGCAGUCCGCGUCGGAUGAUGAGAAUUCAAAUGGGGAGCUGAACAAGGACUCGGCAGAGAUCAAGGCGCUCAUGGGCAACAAGAAUCUACACAAGGUCUUCCCUGGUAUGGACUAUACUCCUUGGGGGGUACAGUAUCCGUUGUGUCUGAAAUAUCCACCUUCGCAGAACAAUGUCACUCGCGACCUGGCAGUCCUAUCUCAAUUGACCAACAAUGUUCGCUUGUACGGCACGGACUGUAACCAGACGGAGAUGACCCUGGCUGCGAUUGACAAGCUUGGGCUGACUGAUAUGAAAGUUUGGCUUGGAGUGUGGAUUGACUCGAACUCUACGACAACCAAACGUCAGCUCAGUCAGCUCUAUGACAUCUUGGAUGAGACCAAAAAUACCUCUAUUUUCAACGGUGUGAUCGUGGGCAAUGAAGCACUGUAUCGUGCCGGUCCAGACAAGGCGACUGCUGAAACAAACGUCAUCAGCUAUCUCAAUGAGGUCCGAGAUGAAAUCAAGAAACGGAGCCUCGACAUGCUGAUCGCCACCUCCGAUCUGGGAGAUAACUGGAAUGCCCAGCUGGUAAGCGCUGUGGAUGUCGUCAUGUCCAACGUGCAUCCUUUCUUCGCCGGUGUCAAUGUCGAUGUCGCUGCUUCUUGGGCCUGGAGUUUCUGGCAGAACCAUGAUGUCACACUCACUGAAGGCACAACGAAGAAACAAGUCAUCUCGGAGAUUGGAUGGCCAAGCGAUGGAGGCAAAGACUGCGGUUCAAGCGAGGUCUGCGACUCUGAUACCCCCGGGUCAGUCGCAAGCAUUGAUAAUAUGAAUACAUUCAUGUCCGACUGGGUCUGCCAGGCUUUGGAAAACGGCACCAACUACUUCUGGUUCGAGGCCUUUGAUGAGCCAUGGAAAGUCCAGUUCAAUACCCCUGGUAAGGAGUGGGAAGACAAGUGGGGUCUCAUGGACUCAGCACGAAAGAUCAAACCCGGUCUUAAGAUCCCCGAUUGCGGUGGCAAGACUGCUUCGUAA